AUUUGAUCAAGUCACAAAACUAUGCGACCCAAAUAAUCUUGGGUUCUCUUCCUCAUUCACUCACUAUUUUGAUGAACCAUGCAUAAAUCCAGUCGCAUUGUCAUCAAUCGCAUUUUCUCUUUUCAACUUUGAGCCUCAACCCACCACCUUUCUCCAUUAACCCUUUCAGAAUGGCCAGCGCAAGAGCUUUUCUCUCUGCACUUUUGAGCGUGAUCUGUUCUGUCUUCAUUCUUCGACACCCGUGCAAGGCGCAAUCGCUCGCAAGCUGCAAAUUUGAUGCGAUCUAUCAGCUCGGCGACUCGAUAUCGGACACGGGCAAUUUGAUUCAUGAGGGCCCAAUCGGAGAGGCCUCGCCUUGCGGUCAUCCUCCCUAUGGCCAGGACUUCCCGGGGGGACAAGCCACCGGGAGGUGCUCCGAUGGCUUGCUCAUGAUUGAUUACCUCUCUCAGGCGGCCAGAGUUCCGUUUCCAGAUUUCUACCUGAAUUGGAGCGCGGCGUUCACUCGCGGCCACGGAGUGAAUUUUGCCGUCGCCGGAGCCACCGCGAUGCCCUCGUAUGUUCUUGCUGAGAUGAACAUCUCCAACCCCGCCACCAAUUCAUCUCUCGGCACUCAACUCGAUUGGAUGUUCUCUUAUUUCAACGGCAUCUGCUUAGACAAAGCCGAUUGUGUGUCGAAGCUCAAACAUGCCUUGUUUAUGGUCGGGGAGAUCGGAGGCAGUGACUACUACUAUGCAUUGUUUCAAGGCAAGAGCAUUGAGGAGGUGAAGAGCCUUGUGCCUCAAGUUGUCAUGGCCAUCAAAGAUGCAGUUCAAAGGGUCAUCGGGUACGGUGCUUCUCGAGUGGUCGUGCCCGGCAACUUUCCGAUCGGCUGCUUCCCGAUCUAUCUCGAUCGUUUCGAAGCUGACGGUCCAUCCGCUUAUGACGAAUCUCGCUGUCUCAAGGACUUGAAUGGCCUCACGGCGUAUCACAAUGAACUCCUCCAGAAGGCCAUCGGAGAGCUCGGGAAAGAGAACCGGCAUGUCGUCAUCCUCUACGGCGACUACUACAACGCGUUCGCAUCCAUGUACCGCGGUGGUCCAUCCUUUGGCUUCGACAUGUCAUGGGCACAAAAGGCAUGUUGCGGAAGCGGCGGGGGCGACCACAACUUCGAUCCGAACCGGCGGUGCGGAGCUCCCGGCGUAGCCGUCUGUCCCGACCCCGCGAAGGCCAUAAGCUGGGACGGGAUCCAUAUGACGCAGAGAGCAUACUCCGUCAUGACAGAUUGGCUCGUUCAUGACCUACUGCCCAAGCUUAAAUGCAACGCUUCGCUAAUUGGCAACUGAGCAUGCGACAUACGUUAAUCAAGCAUGGAUUAUCCAUUGUAAUUACCAAUUAGUCUAUCAAUGGUGCUGGAACCAGGGGCAAACAAUUACUGCUAUAUAGUUGAAAUUUCACUCU